AUGGCCAAAAUGCUGUAUUACGUAUGUCAGUUCAGUAUUGUCACCUUGUUAGUAAACAGUGCAUAUGAGAAGCAGACUGUGUUCGAGAAAUUGGACUUUGGCUGGCAGCUCUAUCUGCAAAAGACAAAGACAGCACCAACAGAGCCCUACCUGCUGGCUGAGCUCCAACAAUGCACAAGCUGUUCUCCAGAAAUUCUCAAAUAUAUCUUCAAUGAUGCUCUUUGGAAACGCAAGCCUGAUAAAGGUGGCCCGUACCGAUCUAUACCGUACUGUACUGCUCAGUGGAAACGAGCCAUAACAGAGCUCUACUCUGUUAGACAAAACAUCUGUCUAACUAUCUAUGGCCACCACCACCCCCUUCCUCCUGGAAGGACAUCUGCCAUCGAUAGGUUACCCUUGUUAGUAGUCUUCCUGCUGUUUUGGAAGAAUGCUCCUGGUUAUGCAUAUUCAACUUAUCGAAAUGCUGGCCAAUGGUGGGGUCAGCCAUCUGACAACGCUUUCUUGCCUCUUGCGGUCCAGUCUUCUGUGCCUGAAGCCCCUGUGACUGGGGUUUUGCUUGAAGAAGUGGUCUCUAGUUUGCCAAAAAACACACCAAAGUUUAAUCUACUUCAGGUUGUUAAAGGUGAUGUUUCCAGCAGUUCUGACUCAACACCCCAAGCUCUACCUCCAAAUACCCCCUCUUCAGCUUCUCUGCCUGUGGAUCAAUCUGGUAUUGGUGGUUUAGUGUCACUUCAGGGUUUGUCUGGAUCUACCACAAGUGGUUCUGGACCAAUUGUUUUUGCACAAGGGGUAAGUGGCAGCUUCCCUUCCAAGACUGGAGUUUCUAGCCAGUCCACUAAUGACCAAAGCUCCCCGAGUCUGUCUAGUUCAGUUUCUCAAGGUGCCACCUAUGGCGUAAUUACCCAGGCUCAAGGUACAAGUCAGUUUGUUCCAGGGUCGUCUUCCCCAUAUGCAACCAUAUCAUUGCCCAAAUAUGUUACUAGUCGGUUGAUGACUGGACCAAGCACAAAGCAGUUAACCUCUGUCUAUGGCACCCCGACGGGAUCCUCUGCUCCUUUCAUUUUGCAAGAACUACUGCAGGGUCAAGAUUCAACAAGCCAGGUUGUUUCGGUACCUUCAACCCCAUACGUAUCUGUAUCUUUGCCCCAAGUUGUUACUAGUCAAUUGACCCCUGUGCCAAGUUCAAAGCAGGUCACCUCUGUCUAUACCACCCAGACAGGAUCCUCUGCCCCUUACACUCUGCAAGGACUACUCCAGGGUAAAGGUUCAACAAGCCAGGUGGUUUCAGUACCUUCAACCCCAUACGUAUCUGUAUCUUUGCCCCAAGUUGUUACUAGUCAAUUGACCCCUGUGCCAAGUUCAAAGCAGGUCACCUCUGUCUAUACCACCCAGACAGGAUCCUCUGCCCCUUUCACUUUGCAAGAACUACUGCAGGGUCAAGAUUCAACAAGCCAGGUUGUUUCGGGAUCUUCAACCCCAUAUGUAUCUGUAACAUUGCCCCAAGUUGUUACUAGUCAAUUGACCCCUGUGCCAAGUUCAAAGCAGGUCACCUCUGUCUAUACCACCCAGACAGGAUCCUCUGCCCCUUUCACUCUGCAAGGACUACUCCAGGGUAAAGGUUCAACAAGCCAGGUGGUUUCAGUACCUUCAACCCCAUACGUAUCUGUAUCUUUGCCCCAAGUUGUUACUAGUCAAUUGACCCCUGUGCCAAGUUCAAAGCAGGUCACCUCUGUCUAUACCACCCAGACAGGAUCCUCUGCCCCUUACACUCUGCAAGGACUACUCCAGGGUAAAGGUUCAACAAGCCAGGUGGUUUCAGUACCUUCAACCCCAUACGUAUCUGUAUCUUUGCCCCAAGUUGUUACUAGUCAAUUGACCCCUGUGCCAAGUUCAAAGCAGGUCACCUCUGUCUAUACCACCCAGACAGGAUCCUCUGCCCCUUUCACUUUGCAAGAACUACUGCAGGGUCAAGAUUCAACAAGCCAGGUUGUUUCGGGAUCUUCAACCCCAUAUGUAUCUGUAACAUUGCCCCAAGUUGUUAGUCAAUUGACCCCUGUGCCAAGUUCAAAGCAGGUCACCUCUGUCUAUACCACCCAGACAGGAUCCUCUGCCCCUUUCACUUUGCAAGAACUACUGCAGGGUCAAGAUUCAACAAGCCAGGUUGUUUCGGGAUCUUCAACCCCAUACGUAUCUGUAUCAUUGCCCCAAGUUGUUACUAGUCAGUUGACCCCUGUGCCAAGUUCAAAGCAGGUCACCUCUGUCUAUACCACUCAGACAGGAUCCUCUGCCCCUUUCACUUUGCAAGAACUACUGCAGGGUCCAGAUUCAACAAGCCAGGUUGUUUCAGUACCUUCAACCCCAUACGUAUCUGUAUCAUUGCCCCAAGUUGUUACGAGUCAGUCAGCUGUGCCAAGUUCAAAGCAGGUUACGUCUGUCUAUAGCACUCAGACUGGUUCUUCUGCUCCCUUCACUCUGCAAGGACUACUCCAGGGUCAAGAUUCAACAAGCCAGGUGGUUUCAGUACCUUCAACCCCAUACGUAUCUGUAUCCCUGCCCCAAGUUGUUACGAGUCAGUCAGCUGUGCCGAGUUCAAAGAAGAUUACUACGGUCUAUGACUCUCAGACAGGUUCCUCUGCUCCUUACACUUUGCAAGGAAGCACCACAUAUGGUGGACUAAUCCAGGCUCAAAAUGCCAAAGAUUCGUCUUCUACGGGAUCUUCAUCCUCUGUCCUCCAGACCUCAACUGGUGACCUUUCUCAUCCUUCCAGCAGCUUUUCUACCCUAAGACGUUACUACUCUGUCAAGGGUUAGGAAACUGUUAAACUGCCAUA